AUGCUUUGGAACAGGAUUUUUUGCCUGGCCGUCGCAUUCAUCCUGGCGUCCGCUGAUGAUCCGGAUGCCGAGGAGGAAGAUGGCAUCGAUGUUCUGAUCAUUGUACUUGUGUCGUAAGUUUUUAAAAUAAAUACGAAGAUUACAUUUUUUGUAUGAUACAACAUGCUAUGGUUUAAAAAAAAGCAGUAUUUCCAGAGUUUUCGGUGGUCUGGUAUUUUUCGUCGCGGUCUCGGCGUCCAUUCUCUUCUUUGUCACUUACCGAGCCCACAAAAUUGAAGUGAGUUCAGCGAGAAAAGGGUCUCCCAUGGAGUAGCUCCGUUCAUACCGUCAUAGUGAUAGCUAAACAGUACCUUUGUUAAAAAGUUCCUUAUUCUUGCCACAACUUAUAACUUAUAACAUAACUGGUCAGAAUUAGCCCAAAUUUGGCGUGCAUGCUCAAUUCAUUGUUGUUAAUGCCCGGACAGUGGACUGUACCUUCUUUUUUACUUACCACCUUAAAAACGGCUGCAGCCUGCGAUUUUGCACUUUAUACGAUGAAACCUGUCCGGAACUAAACUUAUUGCUUCCGUGUAGAACUGAACCAGCCGUCAUAGACUUAGUAGGUACCCUUAAAACUAUAGAGCUACUAUAGUAAUUCAGUGCCAGCUAGGCUUUUGUUCCUAACUUUAGUUCCCAAGCUUGGUCGCAGUUCUCAGAGUACCUUUGUUGUGGCCAGAAUAAGGAACUUUUUCCAGCAGAUCUUACAAAAAAAUUGAACGGGCUUUUUUCAGGAGCAGAAAGAACUUGGCUGGCUGCAGAACAAAAGUAAAGUGAUGAAAAAAUUGGUUCCCAGCGACUACUUUCGACCCCCCGGAAAGAACCAACCACCCAAACCCAACGAUCCCACCAAGCCCUCAGGCAAUCCGCCAGCCACGCCCACAGACACAAAGCCCAAACCAACAGAGACAAAGAAGGAGGAGAAAAAUAAGGUGGAACCGGGCAAAGCCGCAGGCAAAAAAUUCAAAUCAGCACCGACGAAGAAGCCCGGAGACAAGGCUGCAAGCGUCCCUAAAGCAGCGGGCGGGAAGAAAGAGCCGAAAAAGUAA